UCUGCCAGCAACAUGUUCAACGUAAUUCAGAGGGCUGUGGGGCCGGCCAGCCUGAGUCUGCUCACCUUCAAAGUCUAUGUGUCACCUAAAAAGGAUUCACCUCACAAAGCUUCUGUGAAAUUUAAUGAGCUUUCAUUCUGCUCCAUUCCUGAGGGUCAGUCUAAAUAUGUGGAAGAGCCAAGGACCCCACUUGAAGAAAGCAUUUCACAUCUCCAACAUUAUUGUGAGCCAUAUACAAGUUGGUGUCAGGAAAUGUACUCACAAACUAAGCCCAAGAUGCAGAGCUUGGUUCAAUGGGGGUUAGGCAGCUAUGAAUAUCUCCAAAAUGCACCUUCUGGAUUUUUUCCAAGACUUGAUGUUAUCAGUUUUCCUGGCAUUGUUGGACUUCUUUUGGCUAGAGGCUCAAAAAUAAAGAAGCUGGUAUAUCCACCUGACUUCAUGGGACUUGCUGCCUCUCUUUAUUAUCCACAACAAGCCAUCGUAUUUUUUCAGGUCAGUGGGGAGAAAUUAUAUGACUGGGAUUUAUGA